AGAAUUUGCUGAUGAGUAAAAGAAAAAAAAAAAAAAAAUAAAAAAAAAAAAAAAACCUGUGCGUGAGGGGGGAGGAAAAGCGAGGCCUUUUAAAGAGGCAAUCACAACAACUUUUGCUGCCAGAAUGCCCUUUCUCUGGCUGCGAGGAUUUCUGUGGGCAAGUUGCUGGAUUAUAGUGAAGAGCUCCCCCACCCCGGGGUCCGAGGGGCACGGUGCAGCCAACUGUCCUUCCUGCGCGCUGGCCACCCUCCCAAAGGAUGUACCCAACUCCCAGCCAGAGAUGGUGGAAGCCGUUAAGAAGCACAUCUUAAACAUGCUGCACUUGAAGAAGAGACCCGAUGUCACCCAGCCGGUGCCCAAGGCGGCGCUUCUGAACGCGAUCAGAAAGCUUCAUGUGGGCAAAGUGGGGGAGAACGGGUACGUGGAGAUAGAAGAUGACAUCGGCAGGAGGGCAGAAAUGAAUGAACUGCUGGAGCAGACCUCGGAGAUCAUCACGUUCGCGGAAUCAGGCUCAGCCAGAAAGACGCUGCACUUUGAGAUUUCCAAGGAAGGCAGUGACCUGUCCGUGGUGGAGCGUGCAGAAGUGUGGCUCUUCCUGAAAGUCCCCAAGGCCAACAGAACGAGGACCAAAGUCACCAUCCGUCUCUUCCAGCAGCAGAAGCACCCACAGGGAAGCUUGGACACAGGCGAUGAGGCCGAGGAAGAGGGCCUAAAGGGGGAUAGGAGUGAACAGUUGCUGUCGGAGAAGGUGGUGGAUGCACGGAAGAGCACCUGGCAUAUCUUCCCUGUCUCCAGCAGCAUCCAGAGGCUGCUGGACCAGGGAAAGACCUCCCUGGACAUGCGGAUUGCCUGCGAGCAGUGCCAGGAGAGCGGGGCCAGCCUGGUACUCCUGGGCAAGAAGAAGAAGAAAGGAGAAGAGGGAGACGGGAAAAAGAAGGAUGGAGGAGAAGGUACGGUGGAGGAGGAGAAGGAGCAGUCACACAGACCUUUCCUCAUGCUACAAGCCAGGCAGUCUGAAGAUCAUCCUCACCGCAGGCGCCGGCGGGGCUUGGAGUGUGACGGCAAGGUCAACAUCUGCUGUAAGAAGCAAUUCUUCGUCAGCUUCAAAGACAUUGGUUGGAAUGACUGGAUCAUUGCUCCCUCUGGCUACCAUGCCAACUACUGUGAGGGUGAGUGCCCCAGCCACAUAGCAGGCACGUCGGGGUCCUCGCUUUCCUUCCACUCAACAGUUAUCAACCACUACCGCAUGCGGGGUCACAGCCCCUUUGCCAACCUCAAGUCAUGCUGUGUGCCCACCAAGCUGAGACCUAUGUCGAUGCUGUACUAUGAUGAUGGCCAAAACAUCAUCAAAAAGGACAUUCAGAACAUGAUCGUGGAAGAGUGCGGGUGCUCCUAGAGUUACCCGGCGUGGGGGGAAAGGGAGCUAGAGUUGCCGGGCGAAGACAGUGGCAAAAAUGAAGAUUUUUUUUUUAAGGUUUCUGAGUUAAGCAACCAGAAAACAUAGAAAUUUUUGAAAAAAUUAAAAAAAAAACAACAA